CAAUCAAGGAAGUGCAGGGGGGUUUGCUGCCCAAAAUUAUUAUUUUCUAUUUAAAUUUUUCAAUGAAAUGCAAUUAAUUAAAUCGUUCAACCCCUCGCCAAGAUGAUACCGAGAUGAAUGUGUGUGCGUGCGGGCCAAGGGAACAUAAUUUUCGCAGGAUAAGAAAAACAGGAUGAAUCUUCGCUGAUAAUUAAAUAUUUAUAGAAUGUCUUUCGCAGUGCACAAUUACAAUUACAGUGGAUAUGAAAUUUUUACUGAUUGAAAUAUGGUGCAAUUGAUACCACAAAACUCCUAACAAGAAUAACAAAAGAAAUGUAAAUAUCAAAAGCAUAAAAACAGCUGAGCAUGUUUGGAACAAUUAAUAAGGGAUCAAUUUAUCAAUAGACAUCCUUUUACAAAAAAAAUACUUCACUGCAUGGAACAACUACAAAAAAAAAUUAAAACAUGAUUGAUGCAAACAAUUUUUUUAAAUUACCACUAAUAUUCCUAAAUUAGACAAAUUAACAUAGUAUAGACUACUUAAGUAAAUAAUUCAACCAGAAUGUUUAAUGUAAAUUUUUUGAAUACUUAGUAGUUAAAAUUCUGUAAUUAAGUAGUAAAAUUACAUACUUGUAGAAUGUAUAAGGAAAUUAUUGUUACAAAAAUGGGUGGUCAAAUUGUUUUUGUAUGAAAAUGUGCUGUGGUAUAGUAUGGAGAGCUUGUGUGAGAGAAUAUUAUAUUGAGACUACAGUAGGGUGGAUGUGGGCCUUACGCCCUAAGGCGGGACCUAGUCAGUAAUGAAGAAGCAAAAUGUACGCACUCUAUCUUUAAUUGUGUGCACAUUCACUUAUCUACUGGUCGGUGCAGCUGUCUUUGAUGCUCUUGAGUCUACCACUGAAAGGAACAGAUUUGAAGUUUUACAAGCGAUCGAAGGCAUGAUAAUAGAGAAAUACAAUAUAACGGAGGAGGAUUUCCGCGUGAUGGAGACAGUGGUGCUCAAGUCUGAGCCGCACAAAGCAGGGCAGCAGUGGAAGUUCACCGGAGCCUUCUACUAUGCCACUACUGUACUGACCACUAUUGGAUAUGGUCACUCAACGCCGGCGACGAUUGGUGGAAAACUAUUCACGAUGUUUUACGCGAUUGUUGGGAUUCCCCUAGGUUUGAUCAUGUUCCAGAGUAUUGGUGAAAGGGUUAAUCGACUUAGCAGCGUAAUAAUAAAAUCAAUAAAACGCGCACUAAACUGCAAGCAAACCAGUGCAUCAGAGGUAGAUCUCAUAUGCGUGGUCACCACACUAUCGUCUCUGACUAUAGCAGGCGGCGCCGCGGCAUUCUCUAAGUUUGAGGGAUGGAGCUACUUCGACAGUGUUUACUAUUGCUUCAUCACUUUGACUACUAUUGGUUUCGGCGACAUGGUAGCUCUGCAAAAAGACAACGCACUCAACAGAAAGCCGUCAUACGUGAUGUUCGCACUAAUCUUCAUACUAUUCGGGUUGGCCAUAGUAGCGGCGUGCCUCAAUCUUUUAGUGCUUCGCUUCGUCACAAUGAACACAGAAGACGAGAAGCGUGACCAGCAGCAGGCUGAGCAGGCCCAGCAAGUAGCGGUGCGGUUAGAGGGAGACGUCAUAACGGCUGACGGGGCGGUUCUGCGCGGCGUCGCCAGGGGAACUCGACUGCCUGCACCUUCGAGACUUAUUAGAGCUGGUGACUCGUCAGCCAUUCCAUUGUACUCGGACGACGAAUAUUCGCCCAGCGUUUGCAGUUGUUCGUGUAACUGUUUUGGACCUAAUAAGUCAAUACCAUACCGCGACCCGCUAUCGCCCGUACAACCGACAAACAUAAAACAGAUAAGAGCCAAAAACUACCGAGAACUAGGCAGCAUACCGCGUUACAUAGAGAAAUCCUCAUCCAAAAACCAUUCUCAGUCUCUCAGACUAAACUCCGCAUCAGGUUAUCUAUACAUGAACGCGAAAACAAACGAUUUUCAAAUAGACCCGGACGAUUUCCGCGAAAUAGUCGCGAAACGACGCGAACAGCUACGUAAAGGAAUGAUGUCUUACGAAAUUUCCAACGAUCAGUACUUAAAUCCUUACAAAAACAGUUUCAAUCGCGAACUAAGCCCACACAGCUCUUCGUUAUACUCAAUGAAUAUUAGAAGCGAAAAUCGAUCCAACGAUCCGCUAGUAGACGAUUACGAUUCCGAGAAAUCGAGUUACGCGAAAAAAAAGCUAAUGAAAAACAUUGCAAGGAAUACCAAUAACAAACGGGUAGAGAAUUACUUUUACGACGACGCGGUGUUACAUUUCGAUGACGAGUACGCGUUCGAUGGAUCGAUUAUAUUCGCGAAACGGAGAAAAUCGAUUGAUAAAAAUUGGGACGAUUUUACCUGCGAUCUGCCCAAGAACUCGAUGUACGCUGACCAAGUAUCGAAUGAUGGUAGCUAUGGGUACUAUUUGCCUGACGAUGAAGAGCAGGAGCAGUAUUUCGUGAAUGAUACACUGACGAUUAAUAUGCCGCCACACCGUGCUAGUAUUUAGUGGGCGGAUUGUUGUAAAGGCAGGUUUACAUAGAGACAGUUACUGUCACCCGCACUGACCGGAAAAGUUAUAGUAUGCGUUGCGAAAGUUAUAAACAAGGCCAACAUUUGUCACAUCGCGUCAUACAGCUAUGUGCAGAUAUGUGCGGAUGUGUGAGGGAGAUAGCGAGAUGCUACCACUACGUCCUCAUUCUUGUCAUGCAUUCAUAAUUAUGUAAUACUAGAUGAUGCCCGC